GCGGAAGCGAGCUGACGUAACCGGAAGGGGAAGCCUUCUCCGGCUGUGUUGUUGAUGUUUUCUGGCGGCCGCUCCUGCUUUGGAGGUUGAGGGGACAGUCCGUAGAAGGAUGGUGUGCGAAAAAUGUCUGUGGAUGUAACCUUUACCUUCCUGCCGUGUCCCGCCGUCAUCCUUGCCUGUCCCAGGGACUGUAUAGUCCUAUGCUUUGUGUUCAGAACGGUCUCAGUUCGGCACCUCUGUGUUUGUUUCUACCGCCCUUUUUCCUGGAUCUCUUCAGUUACAACUUCUUGACUGGCUCCCAGAGGCUGGAAAUGGAUCUUCAAAAUCUUCCCGGUAGCAUCGAGAGUUUGCCAGGUGAAAAGAAACUCGGCACAGUUAUCACUCCAGAUACAUGGAAGGAUGGUGCACGGAACACCACAGAAAGUGGUGGGAGGAAGCUGAAUGAAAACAAAGCUUUGACUUCAAAGAAAGCAAGGUUUGAUCCAUAUGGAAAGAAUAAGUUCUCCACUUGCAGAAUUUGUAAGAGUUCUGUACACCAGCCAGGUUCUCAUUACUGUCAAGGCUGUGCCUACAAAAAAGGCAUCUGUGCAAUGUGUGGCAAAAAGGUUUUGGAUACCAAAAACUACAAACAGACUUCUGUCUAGAUGUUCUGGUGAACUGUCUGGCUCUCUAUGGUUGUACUCUCUGCUUUGACUUUUCAAGGUAUGAUGUGGAUGGUCCAUCUUACGAAGUAACCUGUUUCAAGAUAAAUGAUUCGGUCUAAAGCAGGGAUGGUGAUCAAUAUCCCUUCAUUUGCUCUCAUGAAGCUCUGAACAGCUUCAUGGUGUAACCAGUUGUCUGCCUGGAGUGGUUAUUUUCCUUGUGAGCAUUUUAUUGAACUAGAAUAAGUCACAGAAUUAAUGAGAAGGGUAUUCCUGAGUUCUGUAUGCACUUUCUGUUUAACAUGAUUUUUUUCUGAUCCAUGUAUUUUAUUUAUAGAUACUGCAAAUGUGAAAUUACUGAUUCUUUUCUCUGAAUUUGACAUCCAGACUUAGAAUCCCUCCCUUACUCACAAAUGUCACAGUUCUUAGAGUCUUUUGGUUAAAUGCAUUUUCAUUAGCUAUGAAUGUUCGAGACCAUUAUUGCUGAAUGGCUCCUUCGUAACUAACCAGUGCUGCCACAAGUCAAACAAGUUGCAUUUUUAGAUUUAUAUUUGAUGUUGAAGUGCCAGUGCCCUUCCCCUGUGAACAAGAGCCGGUGGAAUGCCCACUGGUCCAGACGAGUGCACUGUAUUUCAGAGAUGCGUUCUGUCAACAUCAUCUUAAACUCAAAUUGUCACGAACACAGGGAGAGCGGUGUUUGUCCACAUGUAAUGAGAAUGAAUGUCUUCUGCUUGGGAAUGUUCUUUGAAGCAGGAAACAAACAUUUUCUCAAUCUCUCUUCCACCCCCACCCAAAAAAUCAAUAAAACAAACAUCUUGGCUCCUGUGUGUAUCUUAAUGAUGUUACUGUAGACUUCUCGGAGACUGUUCUGAGGUUCCAGAUGAAAGUUUUUCUUCUAUUGUUUCUUAGAUUUGGGCCUUCUUCCUGUAAAACCCUCAGCCUACCAGGAGACCAAAAGGAUAUUAUGUUGCAAGCUGUGGGAUCUUAAAUACAUAAUUGUAAUGUGGGAACCACUAUAAAUAAUGAAAAAGUAGACAUUGCUUAUUGUUUUAAAAAUAUUGUGAAGAAAAAGUCAUGUAAUCUACAAGAUUGUUCAGUGUUUUUCUAGGAUGCUUUGUUAUUUAUGUUUAUCAGAAAGAUUACAGAAUAUUAUAAAAUUCAAAUAAUAUGUAGCAGGACCAAAAAAAAAAAGAAACCCUCCCAUAUUGUAAUCAAUUUGGGAGUUUUAGGGUUUGGGAUUCAUUUUUUGAGACAGGGUCACUCUGUGUAGCCUUCCUUGACUGUCCUGUAGACCAAGCUGGUCUCUCUGAGCACUGGGAUUUUCAAACCUAAAUCUUCACAGAGAAGUCAUAUAUGAACAGGACGCAGCCAGGCAAUUCUGUUGGCAUGCUGUACCUUUAGAGCGAUUACUUACUCUCCAGCAUGGGAUGAUCUGUUUGAUCUCAGGUUUGUUUACUUUUGUCCUCCCACUCCAGCCCUGUGGUUAUUUUUCCAAAUGUCAUUGGUUUAAGUUUCAAACUUUCUGGGCAAGCCCACAAUACAAUGUGUGUGAGUAUCAUUUAUCAGUCUGUUCAGACAGGGAAAAGCUUGGCAAUUUGUAUGCUUUUGUGUCCUCCUAGGUAACUUUAAGGAAUGGAGUGCUUUUAAAAUUCAACCAGUAUUUGUUGGA